AUGAUAAAUGGUCUACUUAAAAUUUUAUAUCUGUUCAUUAUACUAACUUUAUAUCAUAUAAAGAUUGUUUUAUCAAAUGUGUUGGAUUUAAGGGACAUUAAAAAUUCAGAAUUUCAUACAUUAGAAUUAUUGCAACAAGGAAUUAUCAAGACCAUGAUCUACUCAACAGCGGAUAAACCAAUAACCAAAAUAUGUAAGGGUUCCAGAGUAAUCUGGCAAGCCCUUCCAGGUGAGUCUGCGAAAUGCAUUACCCUCAUUAGAUCUAAAUGGGCUCCGGGAAAUCUUAUGACUAUAGAAAUUAAUAACCCAAGUAAAACUGAUAUGUUAUAUAUUUAUAAAGAAUAUUUCCAUUAUUAUUAUACCACUGAGGAAGGGUUUAAAACAAGAUUUCUUGCACUUUCAAAACCACAACCAACAAAAUACAUUAAGCGUGAUAUACCCAAAAAACGUAAAGCCGAAACAGAUGAUACUGGGGAACCAGAAAAAAAGAUUCCAAGUCAACCUGCUCAACAACAACCACAACCACAACAGAUAGAACCUGAGGUUGUUCAGGUGGAGGUGGAAUCCGAUGAUACUGAACUUACCGAUAAACACCUCAGAAAGGAACAUUUAAGACAAAAAAUCAGGGCAAAGAUACAGAAGAAAAAAGAAUUAAAGAUGAUGAUUAUAGAGAAAAUAAAAAAAAUAUACAGGAUAAGAUACAACAACUUGGUACUCAAACUCAAUUCAAAAAACCAGAACAUAAAACGACUAAACAUACUCCAACAGAGCAUAUAUUAUCAAGUGAAAGGGAACAGGAGGAACCUCUUGAUCUAAGUAUUAAGACAAAAGCACAACCAGAAGUUUUACCAGUUGAAGUGGAAUCGGAUGACGAGGAAGAAUCAUAAUCAAGUGAUUAAGAUUAAACAACUAAUAAAUCUCUUUUAAUAAACCAAUAUCAAAAUUUUAAAAGCUUAUUGAGACAAUAACUUAGAAUUAAUGAUUUUAAUGAAAUGUC